AUGGUAACCAAAAAUCUUACCGCGACGUUGCUCCUCUUCACCACCUUUCUCUUCAUUUCCGGAUCACUCUCAGCCGUUCAUUCUCCUCCAACACUAAGCGCAACGACCGAAGAUCUAGAUUUCAUCCGAACAAGCUGCAACGUUACUCGAUAUCCAGACCUCUGCUUCAAGUCUCUCGCCAGCUACGCAUCCACCGUUCACGGCAACACGGCGAAGCUAACCAAACUCUCAGUCGAUGCUGCGAUAACCCAAGCUAAGUCAACGGUUGCCUUUCUCUCCAAGCUCUCUCUCUCAGCAGCAGAAGUGAAAGAUUGUGUUUCUUACGUACAAGAUGCAAUGGACUCAAUGAGAGAUUGUAUCCCACCACUAAAAAACAUUAUCGGUGGAGGCGUUGUCGCGGCGGCGGCUCCGUCAUCAGCUGCUUCCCCAUUGGCGGAAACGUUUAGGUCUCAGGUGGACGACGUGCUGACGUAUAUGAGUGCAGCAUUGACUUCCGAGGAAACGUGUACAGACGAUUAUGAAGAUGAAGAAGGAAAGAUCAAGACGAUGGUUUGUGAUCGGGUGAACAAUCUGAAAAUGUAUUCUAGUAAUGCUCUUGCGCUUGCUAGCAGUUUGGCCAAGAAAUGA